AGUCGCUGCUGGGCAGCCGCCGGCGGGAUUGCUCUGGGGAGACGCGGGGACCGAGCGGCAGCGACUCUUACAUCUGAGCUGCCGCUGCCGAAAACGGGCCCGCAAGACUGAUAAUCAAUAUGCGUUUCCAAGGCUUUCGGCUAUGUUUGGGUCUUCUUUUCAUCUCAGUUAAUGCAGAAUUUAUGGAUGAUAGUGUUGAGAUGGAAGACUUUGAUGAAAGUUCAGAAGAGAUUGAUGCUAAUGAAAAUGAACUCUCCUCAGAGAUUAAAUAUAAGACACCUCAACCUAUAGGAGAAGUAUAUUUUGCGGAAACUUUUGAUAGUGGAAGGUUGGCUGGGUGGGUCUUAUCAAAAGCAAAAAAAGAUGAUACAGAUGCGGAGAUUUCUAUAUAUGAUGGAAGAUGGGAAAUAGAAGAAUUGAAAGAAAAUCGAGUACCUGGUGACCGAGGACUGGUGUUGAAAUCUAGAGCAAAGCAUCAUGCAAUAUCUGCUGUAUUAGCAAACCCCUUCAUUUUUGCUGAUAAACCUCUGAUAGUGCAAUAUGAAGUAAAUUUUCAAGAUGGUAUUGAUUGUGGAGGUGCAUACAUUAAACUCCUAGCAGACACUGAUGGUUUGAAUCUGGAAAACUUUUAUGAUAAAACAUCCUAUACCAUUAUGUUUGGACCAGACAAAUGUGGAGAAGAUUACAAACUUCAUUUUAUCUUCAGACAUAAACAUCCCAAAACUGGAGUUUUUGAAGAGAAGCAUGCCAAACCUCCAGAUGUAGACCUUAAGAAGUUCUUCACAGACAGGAAGACUCAUCUUUACACCCUUGUGAUGAAUCCAGAUGACACAUUCGAAGUAUUAAUUGAUCAGAUAGUUGUAAACAAAGGAAGCCUACUAGAGGAUGUGAUUCCUCCUAUCAAUCCUCCCAAAGAAAUUGAAGAUCCCAGUGAUAAAAAACCUGAUGAUUGGGAUGAAAGAGCAAAAAUCCCUGAUCCUUCUGCCGUCAAACCAGAAGAUUGGGAUGAAAGUGAACCUCCUCAAAUAGAAGAUUCAAGUGUUGUUAAACCUGAUGGCUGGCUUGAUAAUGAACCGAAAUUUAUUCCAGAUCCUAAUGCUGAAAAACCGGUUGACUGGAAUGAAGACAUGGAUGGAGAAUGGGAAGCACCUCAGAUUUCUAAUCCAGCAUGUCGGAUUGGGUGUGGUGAGUGGAGCCCUCCCAUGAUAGAUAACCCAAAAUACAAAGGAGUGUGGAGACCUCCAAUGAUAGAUAACCCUAACUACCAGGGUAUCUGGAGUCCUCGAAAAAUUCCUAAUCCAGAUUAUUUUGAAGACAAUCACCCAUUUCUUCUGACUUCUUUCCGUGCUCUUGGUUUAGAGCUUUGGUCCAUGACCUCUGAUAUCUACUUUGAUAAUUUUAUUAUCUGUUCGGAAAAGGAAGUAGCAGAUCGCUGGGCUGCAGAUGGUUGGGGAGUGAAAAUAAUGAUAGAAAAUGCUAAUGAGCCUAGUAUGUUCAAACAGCUGGUGGCAGCUACUGAAGAGCGCCCAUGGCUUUGGUUCAUUUAUCUUGUAACAGCAGGGCUUCCAAUAGCUCUAAUUACUUCAUUUUGUUGGCCAAGAAAAGUAAAGAAAAAAUAUGAAGAUGCAGAGUUCAAAAAACUGGACUUAUGUAAACCACAAACAAAGGGAGCACUAGAGCAAGAAGUGAAGGAAGAGAAAGCAGCCCUGGAGAAACCAGUAGACUUGGAAGAGGAAAAAAAGCAAAGUGAUGGUGAAAUUCUUGAAAAAGAAGAGGAAGGUGAACCUGAGGAAAAGAGUGAAGAAGAAAUUGAAAUCAUAGAAGGACAAGAAGAAGGUAAUAAAUCAAAUAAGUCUGGAUCAGAGGAUGAGAUGAAAGAAGCAGAUGAGGGCACAGGAUCUGGAGAUGGGCCAAUAAAGUCAGUACGCAAACGAAGAGUACGAAAGGAAUAACCUAUAUUCAAGUAUUUUUAAUUCCUAAGAGGGAGAGUUGGCAUUCUAAAGUCAGUGCGCCAGAACUGAACUUGAGUCAAUCUGCACAUCCUGUUUCUACUAUCUAGCAAUGUUAUUCUUUCAGACAUUUAUUUUAAUCUUUUUCAGAAAAGGAAAAAAAAAACUUUGAAGUUACUUGGUCUUUGAAUUUAGAAUAAAAGUGGCACAUUACAUGUCAGAUUUUAACAGAUUAACAUCAUUAGAAGUUACACAGUUUUAAUAGUUUGGAGAAAGUUUUGGUUUCUGCAGAGCAAAAUAAUAUCAGCAGUUUCACUGCUGUUGGAAGAAUCAGUUAUUGAAAUUUCCCCUUAAAUGGCUAUACUACAUUUAACUGGUAGUUCUAUAGUAUAGAUGAAUGUGUGUUCUGCUGUACAGGCUAAAUGCAAUAAAGUUGCUGUUUGGUUGUUUGAUUCUGUCAACAA